AUUUCUAUUAUCAGAUUCUUAAUUAUUUAACAAUACUACUGCUUGUUUACCGUAAUUGCCUCAUAUAUCGGAACAAUACACUCGCGGUCGCUUGCUCACUCACUCUCACUUAAGCCGGUGACAUGGCAGCAGGAAGCUCUAACUUUUGUCGUCAGUGUGACAUGGGGUAUGUUCUUUUAUAUAUUAGAGUAAUUUGUAAUUGUAUUGCGUAUAUUUUAUUUGCUCAUAUCAUUACAAUUUUACUGAUAAAUGUUUUUUAUGGUAGGUACGGGCAAUUUUGGCAGCAAUACGGCGGCCACGCCGACCUCUUGCUCGAUCUGUGCCGGUCGCACAAAUUAAUUAAUCCAGCUUUAUCUUGUCCAAAGUGCGGUCAAGAAUGCCGCAUUACUAAUGAACAUUAUUUUCGGUGCGACAAAUCAAAGAAAGUAAAUAAUAGAACAGUUAGAUGCAAUUUCAAAAAAUCACUUUUUAAGAACACCUGGUUUGAUAACAGUAAGCUCGAUUUUGAGACUAACUUAAAAUUCGUUAACUUGUAUGUAAGAGAGGCCUUUUCCUACGAAUCUGCACGGAGCGACUUUCAGUUUCCAAACAAGACUAUUUGUGAUUGGGCAAGCUUCUGUCGGGAGGUUUUAAUUUCUUGGUGUUUAGAUAAUGAGUCAGACCAGAUAGGAGGGCCAGGGGAAAUUGUUGAAAUUGAUGAAAGUAAAUUUGGUAAAAGAAAAUAUAACGUUGGUCGACUCAUAGAAGGUCAGUGGGUUUUUGGAGGAGUAUGCCGCAAAAGUAGGAAAUUCUUCUUCGUACCUGUGCAGACGCGUGACUCUCUUACUUUGCUUAAAGUCAUUAAAGAGCGUAUCCACCCAGCAACGGUCAUUAGUGAUUGUUGGAAGGCAUACAACUGUCUUGAAACAGAGGGCUAUCAACAUUUAACUGUGAAUCAUUCAUACAAUUUUGUUGACCCUGACACUAAGGCGCACACCAAUACGAUCGAGCGGAAAUGGAGGGAUGCAAAAGCCAAAGUGCCCCGCUUCGGCAGGAGGAGGUACCACUUUAUUGGGUAUUUGGCUAGGGCCAUCUUUAUGAUGGCCCACCCCGAAGAAAAUAAAAGAUUACAUCAGUUCCUCCUCGCCGCUGCUCGUCUGUACCCCCCACACUGACGGU